AUGGGCUCUGGUUCCAACUCCAAGGAGGGAGAGGAGCGGGUGCUGAGCCACGGUGAUGUGGUGCUCAUCCGCUCUGACCUUGCAAUCCUUCGUGGGCCGUGCUUCAUCAACGACCGCAUCAUCGCCUUCUACUUCGCACACCUCUCUGCCAGCCUCCAGGAAGACGACGACCUCCUCUUGCUCCCGCCCUCCAUCCCCUACCUCCUCUCCAACCUCCCUGACUCGGCCGCUGUCGCCGCCGUCGCUGACCCGCUCCGUCUCGCUUCCCGCCGCCUCGUGCUGCUCCCUGUCAACGACAACCCUGAUGCCUCCAUCGCUGACGGCGGUUCCCACUGGACCCUCCUCAUCCUUAACAAUGCCACUAGCCCCUCCGCGCCCCGCUUUGUCCACCACGACAGCCUCCCUGGCGCGCCCAACCUCCCCGUCGCUGCCCGCCUCGCCGACGCACUCCGCCCCCUGCUGUCAGGCAGCGAUUCCAAGAGGGACACUGUUCCGCUCAUCGAGGGGCCCACCCCGAGGCAGACCAAUGGCUAUGACUGCGGUGUCUAUGUCAUGGCCAUCGCCAGGGCUCUGUGCGCCUGGUGGAACAAUGGCCACGAUCACCGGGAAGGCGAUUGGUUCCAGGCGGUGAGGAGGGAGGUGGACGCCCACAGCGUCAAGGCCAUGAGGGCAGACUUGCUGCAGCUAAUCAACACUCUCAUCCAGGAGAAGGCCAAGGCCAAUUCCACAUCCAAGGGCGACACUGACCCAGGGUCAUUACAAUGA